CGGCCGCUGACCACCUACGGGCACCUGCUGCGGGCCUACGGGGAGAUGCGCACGGCCACCACGGUGCUCAUCAUGAUCGUCUCCAUCAUCUGCUGCUGGGGGCCCUACUGCAUCCUGGGGCUGGCGGCCGCCGCCGGCCGCUUGCCCUUCUCGCCCACCAUGGACGCCGUGGCCAGCGGGAUGGCCUGGGCCAACGGCGCCAUCAACCCGCUCAUCUACGCCGCCCGUAACCCCAACAUCUCGGUGCUGCUGCGGCGCAGCCGGGAGGGCGGCUACAGGACUAGGAACAACGUGGUGGCCUACCUGUCGGUGCCGGGCCGGCAGCCCGAGCCCCGCGGCCGGGCCGAGCGGGUGCGGGAGCGCUACAUCAACCGGCACAGCGCCGCCCCGGGCAGCGGCCUGUCCUCCUCCAGCCCGGCCAGCGGCGCCGAGCUCGCCAUGUGGGCCUGCAAGACUCCCGCUGUGCUCUUCUGCCGCGACGGGCAGCCCGACACCAUCUCGGAGGCCCUGAAGGCCAAAGCGGGCGCCAUCGACACCAGCCUGUGAGGGGAUGGGGCAUGAGGCAGCUGGACCUCCCUGCAGAAAGUCCUGGUGCUUGGAGCCCCUUGCAGCCGGAUUGCCAGGAAACCGGUGGGCUGUGUUUCUUCACUGUGUGAGCUCUGGUUUUGGUGACCCGGUCUCCGAGCAGCAGGAGCUGCACAGGGAAGGGAAAUCCCCCUUUUGAGCCCGGCCAAGCAAGAGCUCAGCUGCAAGAACAGGACAGUGUUGGCUCCAGAGCCGCAGAAUGUGCCACUGUGAAGCUCCGACACACCAAAGCAUCCCGAACUGACUGAAUGACUGUGUGAGCUGCUUGCCAAGUGCCCAAAAUGCGAUUGAAAGCUGAGCACUGGCAGCUGGAAGCCACUCUGAAAAUACCACACUGUGAAAACUGCCUCAUGGCAGGAAAAUGUUGCUUUUACCCCAUUCUAUGUGGAAGUGCCAAUAGUCGUAAAGUCAGAGACUGUAGGACAGGCUGAAGAAUUGAUCUAUUUAUAUAUUUUUUUUUUAAUUUAAACACUGUGGCAUAACAAGAAAAGUAAUUGUGAAAGAGUUGAUAUGUGAUACUGGGAGGGAAGGAAAGGAAGGUAAUACCUCAGGUGUUGGAAUUCCAGCAGCCUUUUCUCUUUUUUUGCAGGUACAGUCAACUUAAAAUACAAUGAGUAUGAGAAACAUGAGUUCCUCAGACAGACUGAAAAGUGUGUGGGUAUAAACUGUGGUGUGCAUAAGAUGUAUGUUUUCUUUUUGAGCUCAUCCAAGUGUCUCACAUCUCCAAGGGUUUUACCAUAAUUAGAGGAGCUGUGUGAGAAAAGUGUCUGAAAGGAGAGGUAAAGCAAUAGCACGUGUUUCCUGUGUGCUCUGCAGCAAGUGAAAAUGUGUAUAUGCACAGAACAGAUAUUGUAUUGAUGGCAGAAAUCCAUUGGAAUACCGUGUUUCAAAACCAGCUGUUUGCUAUUGAAAAAAAAAAGGAAAAUAACACCUUGGAAGUGCAACUAUACAGUAUAAGUUCAAAUGAUGAAUUUAUCAGUGUAAUCUUUUUCUUCAAGGGCCCAAAGCCUUAAAUUAGUAUUUUGAAUCAUAAAGUAAGACUUGGCCUUUGUUUGUCUUUGUCAGAAUUAAGUGUGAGACAGUAUUUUUCCUUGUACAGGCUUUAAAACUUCAGUGUUUCAUUUUUACCAGAUUUUUCAGCUGUUUGUGAUGCAGGUGAACACAGUAUCAUUAUUUUGUGAGACAAGAAAUAAAUUGUCUUUUA